AUGAAGCUGCAAAGGGCCGGGCUCCUCGUUGGGGCUUCCAUCGGGGGAGUCAGUGCUAUGGCGGAAUAUAUGGCCGAGGCCAUGAGAGGAGAACGUGUCUCUGGCUAUGGCAAAUCCGAUAACCCUUCUUGGACACCGACCUUCAACGAUGAAUCGCCUCCCUAUCAAGGCAUUCGAAUCCCCCGUCAAGACUGGACCUUGACUUGCAGCAGCUCCGCUAGCGACUAUCCAUGCAAAAACGCGAUCGACGGAAAAAACACCACUGCUUGGCACAGCGACCCUUCCGACAAGGGGCACACUUUAGUAGUUGAUCUUGGGGCAUGGUACCAAGUCGGCGCUGUUGUUGUUCUCCCUCCAAUCGACAAGGGGGUGGAAGGUCUGAUUACCCAGCACAAGAUCUGGGUCAGCGAAGAUCAUGAGAGCUGGACGGGUCCUGUCGCAUAUGGAAUGUGGCCCAACACAAACAGACAGCGAAUGUCUGCGUUCGAGCCAUCAUCUGCCCGAUAUGUAAGAAUCACGACUGAUCCCGACGACCAAAACCCCUGGGUCGGCAUCUCUGAGCUGAACAUCUAUGGAACUCUGUACACCAUUCCUCGCGAUCCUGCUCUCGGUGUCUGGGGGCCAACUCUUGAUUUCCCUAUUGUGCCUGUUUCCGGUGCUCAGGAGGGAUCUGGCAUUCUUGCUCUUUGGUCGUCGUGGGCCGACGAUCAUUUCCACUCGACGCCAGGAGGCAAAACGGUUAUGACCCGGUGGAACCCAUUGACUCACGAAGUCUCCAAGCGCACAGUUAGCAACACCCACCAUGACAUGUUUUGCCCCGGCAUUUCCUAUGACGGCACGGGCAUGAUGGUUGUGACCGGAGGCAAUGACGCCGCGGAGACAAGUCUCUAUGAUUCUGCCAAUGAUGAGUGGAUCAGCGCAACCGAGAUGAAUCUUCGUCGUGGAUAUCAGGCAUCCACGACUCUCUCCGACGGACGCGUUUUUGUCAUUGGAGGCUCCUGGGCUGGAGGUUCCAACAUUGCUAAGGAUGGCGAAGUUUACGACCCUGCUACCCAGAACUGGACCAUGCUUCCCGGCGCAACGGUCCGCGACAUGUUGACCGACGAUAUGGAAGGUCCCUGGAGAGCCGACAACCAUGGCUGGCUCUUCGGCUGGAAGGGCCUGAGCGUCUUCCAAGCCGGGCCCAGCAAACAGAUGAACUGGUACUCCGCUCAUGGCAAUGGAAGUGUCAAGGCGGCAGGAUACCGCAUGAAUGAUGGUCAUUCCAUGUCGGGAAAUGCUGUUAUGUUCGAUGCUGUGAAGGGAAAGAUUCUCACUCUUGGAGGUUCCCCUGACUAUGACAAAUCGUGGGCUACCAACGCCGCCCACAUCAUCACGAUCGGCGAACCGGGCCAGAAACCGAAGGUCGAACUCGCUGGUGGACGAGGCACCAUGCAUUAUGAGCGUGUGUUCCACACUACAGUGGUUCUCCCCGAUGGAAAGGUCUUUAUCGCUGGUGGCCAGACCUUCGGCGUUGCCUUUAAUGAGGAAAACGUCCAGUUUGUUCCAGAGAUUUACGACCCUGAAACCGACACGUUUCAAAAGUUGCAGCAGAACAAUGUUGUGAGAGUGUAUCAUACCGUGUCAAUCCUCCUCCCAGAUGGUCGGGUGUUGAAUGCCGGCGGUGGACUCUGCGGCAACUGCACGGCCAACCACUACGAUGGCCAGAUCUUCACGCCUCCUUAUCUUCUGACCGCUUCGGGUCAGCCCCGGCCUCGUCCUGAGAUCCUCUCAGGCCUGGAAGAUAAAGCAUUGGUCGGUAGUACCCUAAGAUUCAAAACAUCGGGCCCAAUCUCGACGGCUUCCCUGAUCCGUUUGGGCACCGCCACCCAUACUGUCAACACUGAUCAGCGCCGAAUUCCACUUCAUGUUUCUGCUACAUCGUUUUUUGGAAACACCUGGAAAGUUACACUGCCAACUGAUCCGGGUAUUCUGAUUCCUGGAUACUGGAUGCUUUUCGUCAUGGACCGGGAUGGCGUGCCUAGCGUUGCGAAGAUCAUGAUGAUUGGCUUGGACAACAAGAAGACCAUCCAGCCCUCAGAGGAUCCAGUGGGCGUGACAGAUGAGCAGAACUGUGAGCAUGGAUCACUCAAGUCUUAUUGGCAAUCUUGGAAACCAACGCUAAUUGUGCAGAUGCUGGGUCGUCGAUGA